UAUCCAGCGUAUACAAGUCAAAUAACUGAAACACAACUGAACGUUGGAUCCACAAGAGUUCUCUUUCCAGUUGGACAGUAGUUUGCUUUUUGGAAAAAAUACUUUUAAUUACACAUGCACUGUUGUUCCUGUUGGCCAGAAAAAAUGAUAAGAUUUCAAAUGUUAGGCUUUCUGAGUUUGGAUGACUAAAAGUGACGAAACGGAAAAUAGCCUUCUGAGGGAAAAAAAAGAACAGAUAAGACAAUUUGGGGUUCUCAACAUGCAAUUCUGACUUCAGCUGUUUUGCUCAGUAACAUCUGUGGAAUAUCUGGCUGGACGAAAGACCGUUAAAAUGCACACAAACAGGAGUUAUCUGGUUUUCUUUGGGUUGAACAUGUGCGGAGGGGACGAUGAUGACACUGUUGGUUCAACAAACCUGUCAGUGCGACUGGGGAGUCUAAACAACAUCUCCCUGAACUGCUGGCUUGAUCUCCUCUCCAAAGAGUCAGCUCCUGAACUGUACGGGGACAGCGCUAACUUGGCGGUGCGUGUAAUCAUUGCGCUGGUCUACUUGGUGGUCUGUGCACUCGGUCUUGUAGGUAACCUGCUGGCGCUGUUCCUUCUGCAUUCCCGCCACCGGAAGAACCACUCAUCCAUUGAUUGCUAUGUGAUGAGCCUGGCGCUCACCGACCUUCAGUUCGUCCUCACCCUGCCCUUCUGGGCGGUGGACACGGCUCUGGACUUCCGCUGGCCCUUCGGCAGGGUGAUGUGUAAGAUUGUCAGCUCUGUGACCACCAUGAACAUGUAUGCCAGCGUCUUCUUCCUGACCGCCAUGAGUGCAGCACGCUACUGCACCCUCGUCUCCUCUCUGAAGAUGAGAAGCCCCAAAAUGGCCGCCGUUCGUGCUAAGUGGACCAGCCUGGCUAUCUGGGUGGUAUCAGUGGUUGCCACGCUUCCCCAUGCAGUCUACUCAACCACAGUCCAGGUGUCUGCAGAUGAUGAGCUGUGUCUUGUCCGGUUCUCAGACUCAGAUUCAGGCCGCUGGGACCCUCAGGUUCUCCUGGGUCUCUACCAGAUUCAGAAGAUGCUGCUGGGAUUUGUAGUUCCCUUGGUAGUGAUCAGUGUGUGCUAUCUCCUCCUCCUGAGGUUCAUCCUCAGCCGCCGCGCCGUGGGUGGCGUACUCGGCAGGGACAUGAAGCGCCAGACCGAAGGGGAAAAGUGCCGUGACCAGCGGCGCUCCAAACUGACCCGCUCUGUCACCAUCGUGGUCCUGUCCUUUUUCCUUUGCUGGCUUCCGAACCAGGCACUGACCCUGUGGAGCGUGCUCAUCAAGUUUGACCAGGUUCCCUUCAAUAAGGCCUUCUACAAUGCCCAGGCCUACGCUUUCCCUCUGACUGUGUGUUUGGCUCAUACCAACAGCUGCCUGAACCCAGUGCUGUACUGUCUGAUCAGGCAGGAGUACCGGGCUGGCCUGAAGGAGCUGCUUGUCCGAGUGUCUCUGUCCAUCCGGAACUUUCUGACUCUGGCCCUGAGGGGGAGGAAAGUGGAGGAAAGCAUGCCGGGUAUGGUCAUUGUCCACGAGGAUAUCAACAUGUAAAUUACCAUCAGGUUGACAGAGUAUAUGAUUGCAAUGAAGAUGAAAAUAUUUAACAUGUAUCAGUACACCUUGUAGAGCUCAGAGAAUUGAUAUUCAGUUUCACUUAUAAAUAAUGUAUGAUGAACUAGUAGCGUUUUACUGUAUCUCUGGUCAUCUGUUAAUUUUGAACAGAGAUGAAUCGUUAUGGACGAACACUCAUUCCACGUGAGCAGCCUGCAAACAAUGUAGGAAGAUAAAUGAGAACACUCAUGUUGCGUUCAAAGGCAAUGCUUGAAGGACACACUUCAAUUUUUCAAACUGCAUAGCUCUUCAAACAUAAUUUAUCCUCAUAUGACAUGUAAAAGGGUCAUCUUAAGAAAUGACGGUUUACCUUAAUUGAGCUGUCCAAGUGGUUGAUCCGGUGCUACUAUAAGUGGAGAAAAAGAAGAGUUCUGAAUAGAUUAUGGCAUUUUUUUGUGUAAUUACAGUUCCAGUGUGCUUCAUCAGAUCUGUUUAACUGAAAUUGUGUAAUUCUCAUCUCUGUCCUUUUUUCCUAAUGGGACAAGACUAAUGGUUGUCAGGUUAUAUCUUCCUAAAAUGUUGUCAAGGCAUGUUUGUAAUGAAUGGUUUCAUGUGAAGUUGUUAGUAUUCUUUUAUUGCAAAGCAGGCAGAAUAAGUAUUUUUAAUCAGUGAUCUAAUGUGCUUUACGUGUUAUAUCAAUGUUGCCUAAAUGUGAAAUUCUGUGA